AUGAUGGCAAUGACAGAUGAACCGCCAGAAGAGUUUCAAGAUGAUGAAACACCAAGUGGCUCAGCGAGCACUAGUCCACAGCCUCCAUUGCCGAGUCCGAGUCCGAUUGAGAGAAAGAGAGCCUCGAUCGAGAUGCCACCUAUGGAACUUGAUCCGCUCAAUCUUAAAGUCGAUCCAGAGAACUCAAAGCUACUACAAGCUGUUCAAGGAAAAGCCAGUCAUUCCCUCAAAAUCGGUGUCGCUGCUUUCUCACCGCGAAAUUUAAUGAAUCAAAUUCGA